GUUUACGGAGAUACCAUGCGGAAAAGGCCCUACCGGCCCUCCGAGCUACACCGCGCGGCAGUCCCCCAAUCCUGGCCCGAUCACGGGACAAUUCACAAUGACCAAUUAACCGUCCAACCAGUACGACCGUCUUUGGACUGUGGGAGGAAACUGGAGCAACCUGGAGAAAACACGCGGCCACAGGGAGAAAGAACAAACUCCUUACAGGUGACGAAAAGGGGGGAGGUCUUGAGCAUACAUAAAGACAUCACCAUGGUGACCGUGGGAGUGACAUCCACAAGCCCGAGCUUUUUCCUUCCGAAUGUCAUGCUACUUGCCCGACCCAUCAACAGCCUGAGGGAGAUGGUGUGCAACUGCCGAAUCUCAACCGAUAGAUGCCCCAUGGAGCUCACCAGGCUUUUCCCCCUCUGCUUCGUGAACAUUUCGAUCCACGACGUCUACAACCGGCAGCUGCGGUUGAAACUCGCCAACGGCCGUGCCUUUUACCUUCAGCUGUACGUUCACCCGGAUUGCGAGAAUGAAGUUUUCGAGCGCUGGAUGAAACUUGUGGCCCUCCUCCGCAACAGUCCGGAGAACGUGUACGGCUACGAAGCCGUCACUCCUGAGAUCGAGUGCAUCCUGGAGCAGACGAGCGUCGAGACCUUGGCCACCGAGCUCUCUGACUGGCAGCUGGAAGAACCUGCCAUGUCACCGGCCAUGCGGGAGUACUACGAGGCCAAUCGCGCCAGCAGCAGGAAGAGCGCGAGGAGCCGGGAGCCUGAAGACUGCAGCACAAGGACGCAGAGCAGGAGCCGGAAGAGCGACUCGGGCAAAGCGGGAGAGAAUGUGGGGGAGGCCGAGAACUUUCCGGACUUCAGCCAGGAGCACGAGCCCUGGCCUCCCGUCAAACCGCCCGAGAGAAAGAAGAAGACCCAAGGGCCAAUAGGCUUCAACUUCUUCAAGAAAGACAAGGGCUCCAAAGAGAAAUCUCCAGAGGAAGACAAGGGGCCGGGGCCGGAGCCGGGGCCGGGGCCGGAGCCGGGGCCGGGGCCAGUGACAACUCCAACUGAAGACUAUGAGGAGGAACGAAAGAUGGAGGGGGAGGAGAGUGAGGAGAAAGAUGACAGGAAGAGGUCAGACAAAGACAAGGGCAGGCAGAAGGAGAAAUCAAAAGACAAAGAGGUGAAACAGAGGGAUAAAGAUAAGAAGGAGAAAAUGGAAAAACAAAUGGAAAGAGAACAAGAGCUGAAGGAGAAAGAGGAGAAGAGGCAACAAGAAAAGGGUAAAAAGAAAGGGAGGGAGGACAAGGGGGGCACGGAUAAGGGGAGCAAGCAGCAGGCAAUUGAAGAGAAGCAGCGGGCAAAGGAAGAGAAGCAGAGGGCAAAGGAGGCUAAGCAGAGGGAGGAGAAGGAGAAGAAACAGCGAGCGAGGGAGGAAAAGAAGAAGAGGUCACAGCAGAAGGACAAAGCAAAGCAAGUAAAGAUCAAAGGAGAUGAGGAGAAAGAUAUGAAUUAA